AUGAAACUAACCAAUUCGCUGUGUCGCCCCUUCUCGUCUGCUCGAUUGGUUUGGGACCCCCACUUUUCAGAACGACAAACCAUAUCCUAUGCAGCCGAAGAUAUUCGCCUGGAGCCUGAUCCCUCCGAAACAAUUACAGCCUCAUUCCUAAAUGUCUGGUCCGGGCAUUUGAACCCCCCCGACCUAUCUUUCAGGGCCCUAGGCGAGUUCCUAGAUAAGGGCGAUAUUCGAGAUCUAAGAGAUACGACUCGUCCUGCCCGACUUACGCGAUUGGCCUUAGUUGACGAUCGUAGGGAUCCAUGCGGGCUGGACGAGAGCCAAUACCCGCCGACGAGCAAUGGACAAACUCGGAGCUGGACAUCCGAACAAUACACCCGUUGGCCGACCCCUGGUCUAGAUAGGUACCGUGCGGCUUUGGAUGAACGAGCAUUAUAUGACAAGCUCUCUGAGAAGGCGAGGAGAAAGAUCAGGAAUGCCGUCAUCCAGGAAACUGAUCGUUGCUUAGAGAUCCUUGAAUCGCGCCGAGAGACGUACACUGAAGGCGCUUAUUACGGAUCAAUGGAUGGCAACGAUUUCUUCGACGACGCACAACUUGGUCGCACGAAGUCGUACACAAAGGCAGUGACUAUCAUGAGAAAGUUCAAUGACGUCCUCAUCCUUAGUCUGGACACUUUCCGGGACUUUGAGCAAGAUGAAUUGCAGUACUUUAACACCGGGAACGAAAUGCUGGAUGAUCUCUGGAAGCGGUACUUGGACCGCAUUUUUGACGGCUUCGCAACCAUGCAAUAUCUCCAGAGGGUUUUGGUCCAAAAGAUCCAGACUUUUGAUCGCAUGAAGGAUGGUCUGGUCAACUCGUCUGCACUGAAGGAGAGCCGCUAUUCUACGAAACAAGGAGAUGAUAUCGCCGUACUCACCAACAUGACGGUGGUAAAUAAGCCCCCCUUCCCCUCUACGUUUUGA